UUUGUGGUAGUGAUUUGGCAGCACGUUCUUACAGCAGCUCGAGGAAAGAAUAAAGUGAAUAUUUCUUAUACGUAUAUCACAGGAAUGUAGUCCUGCCUAUCUGUGAUAAAAACCGUCGUCUAAGUCAUACGACUUUUGGGAAAUUAAAGAAGUUUUUGAAUAAAAUGAAAAGUUAUUAAAUCAAUGGGAUAGUUUUUCAAAGAAUUUUCUAAUAAGAGUAUUUACAUUUAUAUUGUGUUGCUGGGAAUAGAUAAAUAGCAAUUUUCGGCAGUCGUAAAAGUACGAAACAAAAAAUAAAUCUUUCGAAGUGGAUUCUUGGCUCAGCAGAAGAAAACGAAGGAAAUAUCUGUAACAUAAAUAACCGAUGAUUGCAUCGCAAAUUUGUUGUUAGAAAAUUAGAUAUAUUUAUCUGUACUGCAAACUGGCAUCAAUAAAUUUCUGAGGCUAACCGACCGGAUACAGACAGAUGCCGGAUUGUAAAUGUCUUGUGCAAAGAAAAAAGUUCUAGUUUAUACGGAAUAUAUCUAUAGGAUUAAAAAAUAGUUCAGAAGUUUUACCGCGGAGGGAGUUUUAAAUUUUUGUUUUUUUUUAUAAUAGUGUUUAAGUUAUUUGUUUUGUCUUUUAUAAAUACGGAUAAUAUUUUCAUUUUGGAUUUAUUAUAAUUAUUUUAGUUAGAAUAUAUAUUUAAUUUGCUAAAAGUGCUAAAAUUGUUUAAAGAAUUAUUCAAAUACCUAAAAGGAAUUUUUUAUAAUGUUAUCAAUGGAAUAAUGAGAAUAGAUAUGUUGCAAAUGGAGUCUGUCGAAACCCAACAGGGCCUGUCAAUGGAUGGCAGAACUAAGAAAAAGCCAUACCAGGCGCAUCAUCCGCAUAGUCAACACCAUCGUCGAGUUCGGGCAACGCAACCCUCGACACCUACAGAGCCCGAUAUUCAAAUAAUUGAAUCGUGCACAAGCCCGGAGCCGGAAACAAAUCCCAAUGAUCCGUUUGAGAAACAUUUUCUAGCUGCUGCAGCUUUUCAAACAACGCCGACAUUGCAAGUGGACAAUAAUAAAGUCCGAUCUUCGUCUUUCCGCAAUGAUAAACCAAAGCCUCAUAUAAAUAAGCGCGAACCCGACCUAUCCGUGUCUGGAAAUUACUCCAGUUCUCCCAACCUUUUGUUUCCAAAAGACGACACACACGUGCACUAUGAUAGUAGAAAUCACGAAACUAGAGACGCGCCAUUACGCCGAGUUCGAUCUUUUAAAACGACAUCGAAAGGGGGCGUUAUCAACAGGGGUGAUUCGUUUCGAAAAAAGAACUCGAAUAGGAAUUUAGCCUCGGGUUCGACGAAUGGACAUGACUCCCCGAUGCUCGCCCAUGCGGCUAGCAACAAUUCGGCCUUUGAGUGUUCACCAAAGGUCGAUGAGCCCGCGUCGUCCUACUUCAAGGUACAGAUCCUCGGGCCACCCGGAUGUGGGAAAACAUCAAUUACUAACCAGUUUAUGUCGUCGGAUUAUGCAAAUGCCUACGACAGCAUGAAUGUCGAUGAAGUAGAAAGAACUGUAACAAUACAGCUAGAUGGAGAAGAAUUUACCAUGGAAUUUAUUGACGUACUCCCAUGGGAUGAUACAACAGAUCACGAGAUAGAAGUAACAGCUGAUGCCUACGUUGUGAUAUAUUCCGUCAUAGACAGAGUAACGUUCGACGCUGCUGUACAGAGUUUAUACAAGUUACGACACGGCCUGGGUACAGACAGACCUAUUGUUCUCGUGGGCAAUAAAAUUGACCUGGUUAGAAAACGAAAAGUUAAAAAAGAUGAUGUGAGAUCUAUAUCCCGUACAUAUGACUGCCUUCCGUUUGAAACAUCAGCCGCCUUAAAUCACCAUAUCGAUGAGCUACUUAUCGCCAUCUUAAAACAGAUACGUCACAAGUUAAACCCUGACCUUCAUCCUUCACCAGACGAUUACACGGAACCGGAAAUGAGAAGACGUGAUAAGCAAGGUCCUGUAGGAUUUCUGGGAAAACUGCAGACUUAGCAGAAAAGGACGACCUAAAAAAUAACAUGUUUUUUUUUCUUUCUUUUAAUCUUAAUUUGAAAGAUACACCCAUCUGCAUAUUUUUCAUGACGGAACUUAUGUUGUUUGAUAUUGCAAAUGCAGUGUUUGUGUCCGCCCUCAAGCACACGUGUUUACCACGUAUUCUCACGUGUUUACCACGUGUUCU